AUGGUAGAGAGCACCUACGCGAGUGACUCUCCAAGAUCGCGAUCUCCGAUGACCGAGCCCUCGAGUCCUCUCCAAGAUGGCGGCGGGAUCUCCGGCUACAGCCACCGGUAUCUCUACAACUAUUCGCCCGAGAGCCUGCAACACAAGCUGAAGAUCGCCGACGGGCAGCACUCCUCGAACAGGAGCCUCGAGGUCGAUUCCAGGGAGAGAGCGUUCUCCAGGAGCAGCAGGAGCCCGGCAAGCCCUGAAGAAAUGCGGUACCGCCCUCGGGAAGCCUCCAGGCCCAGCUCUUCCGCCACGAUGUCCUCGCCGACCUCGCUCUUCACCAUCGACAGCAUCCUCGCCCCCAGACCCGUUGGCAACGUCUCCACAGCGACCUCCAACAACCUCGCGAUCCUGCAAACCCCGGACUCCGUGGGUUCGCCCCCCAGGACCGCUAUCCAUCCUCUUCAGCAACAACUUCAUCAUCUCGCCUUCACCUCGGCGGACUUCCUAGCUGCAGCUUACCCUGGUCUCUACCCUGGUGGGUACGUGGCGGCGAUGGCGGCCGCAGGGGUGUCUCUUCAUGGCCAACCCACGUUUUAUCAUACCGGCCACCCUUACCACAUGAACCCCAACGCGCCGGGGGUCGGCCCCAUGGCGAAAAGGAAACGUCGCCAUAGGACGAUAUUCACGGAGGAGCAAUUGGAGCAGCUCGAAGCGACCUUUGACAAGACUCAUUAUCCCGACGUCCUCCUCAGGGAACAGCUCGCCCUCCAGGUCGACCUCAAGGAGGAGCGCAUCGAGGUGUGGUUCAAGAAUCGCCGAGCAAAGUGGCGCAAGCAGAAACGGGAGGAGCAGGAACGCCUGAGGAAGCUGCAGAUCGAGCAACGUCAAAGGACCGAUGACAAUGCCUCAUCUCCGUCCAUGAGAGUCCCAGGACACUUGACAUUAAAUAGACAACACGACCAGGACACGGAUAGUUCGGAUCUGGAGGUCGCGUAGU